CUGGUUCCGGGUGCAUUCACCUUCCCGCCAGCAUCAUCAAUGGCUGGAUCGAUCUGGUCAGCGUCUAGCUUCGCGUAACGAAUCUAACAUCGCUUGAUUGCUUUCUUACCUCGCACGAUGGGAGGUCUCACAUAUGGAGUCGGAGGCGCGUCGACAGUGCUGACCGUGGUCGGUCUAUAUAUGCUGUUUAAUGGCGAGGGGGAGCAGUUCAAUGUCGGAGCUUUUCUAGAAAGCAUUUCACCAUACACAUGGGCGAGUUUGGGAAUAGCCCUGUGCAUUGGUCUUUCUGUUGUCGGCGCAGCAUGGGGAAUAUUCAUCACCGGCUCCUCGAUCAUCGGCGGUGGUGUCAAAGCACCGAGAAUACGAACCAAGAACCUUAUCUCCAUUAUCUUCUGUGAGGUCGUUGCUAUCUACGGCGUCAUCAUGUCUAUCGUCUUCUCUGCGAAACUCGAAGCGGUUCCACAAGACAACAUUCAUUCUGCUGGCAACUAUUACGCGGGCUAUGCCUUGUUUUGGUCCGGCAUCACCGUGGGCAUGUGCAACUUGAUAUGUGGUGUCAGCGUUGGCAUCAAUGGAAGCAGUGCUGCGCUGGCAGAUGCGGCUGAUCCUAGCUUGUUCGUCAAGAUUUUGGUCAUCGAGAUCUUCAGCUCUGUCUUGGGUUUGUUUGGCCUCAUCAUCGGCUUGCUCGUAUCUGGCAAGGCUCCGGACUUCAAGUAACCGUGCAUAUUUUGCAUUGUAAAUCGAACAAGAAGAAAGAGAAGUCCCUCCAAGGCCGGGGUAGCAACGCAUUGGAAUUGCGUCCUUGCAAUGUCAAUCCGAUUGCGGUAUGGCUUUUACUGCUGACGCUUAGUGGAUUCAAGCAGAGGCAUAUUUUGCGAAGGAAAAUGCAAGCUUCCAUAUUGCAAGAGGCUUUGUGUAAAUAAGGGAGUGAUUUCAGCACAGGGUUUGUGCCGGAGAAGUCAUCUGUCGUCUUUCGCAGCCCGCGGACAGACCACCUCGCUCCUAGCUGUAUGUAUUCUUAUUAUCUCUCGAUAUAGAUGGAAGUACAAACUAGCAUGGCUAAUGAAUUCGCCUUGAAAUUGAA